AUGCAAGAGUCAAAAUCAUUUGACGUUAUUCUUUUAGGAACUAACUUAGUCAAUUCCAUAUUAUCUUCGGCCUGCGCGUGGGCAGAUCUCAAAGUCCUUCAUAUAGAUGAGAAUCCGUUCUACGGUGAAGUUGAUGCUUCCUUUGGACUAAAAGAUGUUAUUAGUGUGUCAGAAAAUGGUGACUGGAAGGUUGAAGACCUCUGUAUAAAGCGUACCGGUAGUAACGCUCCUAGUCUACAAGUUAUGAAAGCGCGAAUUUUAGAGAAAGAUAUGCUACCGAGUUUAAAGGGUUUCAUGAUUGAGUUUAUACCAAAGGAAAUGUAUGCUGGUGGAAGUUUAGUAGAGUUACUCUCGAAAUCUAAGAUAUACAAGUAUUUACUACUAAAGCCUCAAAGAAGUUUUCGUCUUUAUGCUUCAAACAAAGAGUGGACGAAAGUGCCAGAGUCAAGGGCUGAUAUUUUCAACGAUAAAACACUAUCGCUUACGCAAAAACGAUUGAUUAUGCGCUUCAUGAAGUAUAUUUCCUCCAUUGAUGACGAACCGAAUCAAGAACUGCUAAAGCAAUGGCUUUCAAGACCUUUUAAAGAUUUUCUGAAUGAAAAUUUUGAGCUUCCUGAAACCAUACGAGAAGGUAUUAUUUACGGGCUAUGUCAAGCUUUAGAUCCAGAAAUUUCCACCGAGUGUGCCCUUGAAAAAAUAAAGAAGUAUUUUCAAUCUUUUGGAAAUUACGGGGAUUACUCUUACUUGAUCGCCAUGUAUGGAACCGGAUCUGAAUUGUGCCAAGGAUUCUGUCGUUCAUCAGCUGUGAUGGGCGGUACAUUCAUGCUCGCACAAAAGAUUAACAAAAUAGAAGCUACUUCCGUGGAAUUAAGUGAUGGAGAAAAAUUAUCGGCUAAAAACAUUAUUUCGUCGCAAGCUACAAACAAUACAUCUAUGUUAGAAAAGAGGAUUCAUCAGCGUUGUCUACUAGUGCGUGGAAAGUGCCCCGGGCUAUUUCACCAAAACUUAUUCAUACUUUCUGAAGCAAGUCAGCUUCACUUCGUACCUUAUUCGUUAGGAGAUCAAUGGCCCAACAGCGUUCAGGCCAGGAUUUUAGGUGUUGGUGCAGGCAGCUGUCCCGAGGGUUACACCCUUUGGUAUUUGCAAACACUAGAUUCUCUGGAAUCUGAUGGCUUAUUAGCUGCAGCCACGGACAAGCUCAUUGAGCUUUCACAUUCUGAGGACACGAAACCCUUAAUGUAUGUUGAUAUGUUGCUUGACCAAAGAGAUUUGGCAGAUUAUGACGUUGCUGUUGAAACAGCUAAGCAAUUGUAUGAAAAAAUUACAGGUUCUGCUGAUACUUUUUUUAAGAGAGAUUCUGUUUUUGAUGACGAUGAUGAAUGA